UUUCUAACAUUUCGACCCGAUCCGAGCUCAGGGAUCACUUAGUGGACAAACAUUUUAACAACUGUAUUACCCCCGACUACUACUACGAAWCUGUGGAUAAAUUUUUGGCCGGCCAUCUAGACUAUCAGGAUCGGCUCCGGGAGGCAAUGUCCCAACCGAUUAGGUCAUUGCCCGAUUCGGCUAGAAGUCUAUACMGGGGUUGUCCAGCUUGCGAUCGUAUUAUUGCCGUAUUUGAUAUUAGCAUCGAUGGGGACAACCCGAACCCGGCCAACGAUUUCGAUAUACGCGAUAUUAAUGACCACUUUUCCGGCAACAAUGUCAACCAUAUUAAUCCGCAUAUCAAAUACUAUCCGUAUGAGUGCCGCCGUUGUCACGAAUCCCUGGCCAACACCAACACCAACACCAAUACCAACAACAAUAACGGAUCUACUAUUGUCAGGACAGCCACCAAAAAUAUAAUUAGACGCCAUAUAAUUAGCCAACAUUUGCUACGGGAGGCACUGGACAAACAAAUGUUGGAACUGGAGGUCGACAGGUUGACUGUAGACUGUAGACUAUCCCUAUUGGAUAGUCUGUCCAUUUAG